AUGUAUACCGCCGCAAGGUUCGCCGUAUCGAGACAUGUGGGACUCGGGGUUGCGCGUGGCACGUUUGCGCUUGCCUCUGCACGGGGCGAGUUCGGCCGUGGAGGUGCAAGGUGUAUAAAAGACAUAGCCCCAAAACGUGCAGGGCAACUACGACAUCAGAGUAGUGCUGCUUCAGAACCGCAAACCAACACACAAAUUCCAACACCGCCCACCACCACCAAGCGACCCCUCUACAUCCGGCUCCCAAUCGCCCUCGCCCUUACUCUCUUCACCUUCGCUGCAGGCUUCACAAUGGCUGGCGCCCCGGCAAUAGAAUCGAUCCGCGCGAUCGCCAACCCACCCAGCGACGAAGAAACACUCACCCUCUUCACACCCCCCAAUGCCGAAGUCGCCGAAAUCGAGAAGAGCAUAUUCACACACGCCUUGACAAAAUCUCUCCUCGAAGACAACACAUACACCGCGUCCCGCCCGCACCUCAAGAUCCCCGAGCAACUGCGCGCGCAAAACCUCACAGGGGGCACGCUCAUCGGCCCGGACAAGAUCGCAGUGCCGCCGCUGCAGUUCAGCACCGCCGACGGCAGCAAAUUCGUCUCGAUCCAAUACCUCGGAUCCGCGCUGUGCGGGCACCCAGGCAUCGUGCACGGCGGGCUGCUAGGCACGCUGCUCGACGAGGGCCUCGCGCGCUGCUGCUUCCCCGCCCUGCCCAACAAAGUCGGCGUCACGGCCAGUCUGAACAUCUCGUACAAGGCGCCGUGCAUGGCGAACCAGAUUGUCGUCCUGGUCGCUGAGACGACAAAGGUCGAGGGCCGCAAGGCCUGGGUCAAGGGCCGGCUGGAGACGUUGCCCAAGAGCGAGGACGAUAAGCCCGUUGUGCUGACCGAGGCCGAGGCGCUGUUCAUUGAGCCCCGGCAGGCGGCGCAGAUGCGGAGGGUUGUCGUGUAA